CCGCAUGGGGGCCCCGCGGGGCUGGGUCUUCUGGUUUCUGCUCCUGCUGGCGGCCGCCUGCUCCGGGGUCCUCCUGGCCCUGUACUCCUGGGCGCUGGAGCAGUCCCCGAGGCCGAGGCCGGGACCCCGAGUCAGGCAUGUCCUGUCACCUCAAGCAUUCCUCCAAACCAAGGCGUGGAAGUCUGGGCCCAGAAAGAACCGCCCCUGCCAGCACCCCCUUUCCCUGGCCAUUCAGCAUCACCAGCGCUUCCGGGGGCUGUUUAAUCUCUCCAUUCCAGUGCUGCUGUGGGGGGGCCUCUUCACCCCAGAGCUCUGGGACCACCUGAGCAGGCACGGAGGCCCCUACAGUUGGCAGGGGCUGUCUCGCCAAGCCAUUGCCUCCUCCCUGAGCCUCCUGAACAGCUCCGAGAGUGCGCGGCUGCUGCCGGCCCCCGGGACGCGGCCCGCGGGCUGCCUGCGGUGCGCCGUGGUGGGGAACGGAGGCAUUCUGAACGGAUCGGGGCAGGGUGUGCACAUCGAUGCCCACGACUUCGUGUUCAGGCUCAAUGGCGCAGUCAUUAAAGGCUUCGAGCACGACGUGGGCACCAAGACUUCCUUCUACGGCUUCACCGUGAACACAAUGAAGAACUCCCUCAUCUCCUACCAGCACCUGGGCUUCACCUCCGUGCCUCAGGGUCAGGACCUACGGUACAUCUUCAUUCCGGCGGGUGUCCGUGAAUACCUGAUGCUCAGAUCAGCCAUUCUGGGUGUGCCUGUCCCUGAGGGCCCCGAUAAAGGGGACAGCCUCGGCCCUACCGCCAGCGGCGCCUCAGCCCCUUCCCCCUGCCCUCCCAAAUGCAAUACGACAGCCCCGGGCGCUCCGUCCACUUCUAUCGUGGGUCCUAGGCCGCACACCUAUUUCGGACCAGAAGCCUCUGCCAGAAAAUUCAAGCUCCUGCAUCCAGCCUUCAUCAGCUACCUGACACAGAGGUUUUUGAAAUCAAAGUUGAUUAACACAAAUUUUGGAAACAUAUAUAUGCCUAGUACUGGAGCCCUUCUGCUACUGACCGCUUUACACACCUGUGACCAGGUCAGUGCCUACGGAUUCAUCACAAGCAACUACCAGAACUAUUCUGACCACUACUUCGAACGAGAAAAGAAGCCAUUGAUAUUUUAUGGGAACCACGAUCUGCCCUUGGAGGCUGCCCUGUGGCGGGACCUGCACGAGGCCGGCAUCCUUUGGCUGUACCAACGAUGAUCCCUAAACACCAAGUGGUUGGCUUCUCACACAGCUGUAGCUCUGGUCCCCACAAGUGGCCAACAGCCAUUUUGACUCUUCCACCUUUGAAAGGGGCUUUGUUCUCCUUGACCACCCCCUCUUUCACAACAGAAGACAGACUCACAAGUGCCAUCGCAGCCUAUUCAAGGCCGGGGCACCACCUACCUUGUCUUAGGCUCCCGAGAGAAAAUUCUUCUCUGGGUCUCAGACAGACAUCCCCACUUUGUCCAAGGGAAAAGCGAGCGGAUUGCUCUGCUAGAUUUGUUCUGAAACGGAAGUUACCACGCCCAAGUUGUGACAGUGACCUUGACAAGGGGCAGACAAACCCCCAGAUGAGCAGCUCAAAGCCAAUUGUUGGUACUGAAUUUCAGAACGCCAGUGACACCAGGCAGGGUGCUGUUGGUAAUCAAGAUCGAGCGGAGCCAGCACAUUGCCUGCUGGCUCCCCAGCAAACCCUCCCACUGGCCCGUCAAGCCCCCCACCAACACCGAAGUGACUCAAUUGCUGAGGACACCGCUGAAGAACAGAACCACCACCGGAGAAACAUGCUCCUGCCUACGGGAGAACGAGAGGCAGAGUGUGAUUUGAGAGUAGAGAAUUGCAUAAAUGAUCGGUGACCAUUUUGUCUUCUUUUUGUGUUGGGUAGAGAAAAGCGCAGAAAGCACAGG